CUGAAAGGCGGAAGUGGAGGCCGGAGACACCGCCGGGGGGGAGAGGAGCGGAGCCUGUCGAGCCCCGAACCUAAGUAACGCCGCCGCCCCGGAGCCGCCACUCUGCAGUGUUCACGACGUGGUACCUGCUCACAGUACUCGCUCGUAAAACACUCUGUGUGUGUUCUGAUAGCCUUUAACGCAAGUCUUCUAAGGGCUUCUGAAGUUGGAGCCCCCUCCCCAGUAAGUGCCUCUUCGCGUAGCGCCGGCCGCUGCCCUCGCGCUCACUGGUAGCACUGCAGCGGGACGGGCCAUGGCGGGUCGGGGAGGUGCAGCGCGACCCAACGGACCAGCUGCCGGGAACAAGAUCUGCCAAUUUAAGCUGGUCCUGCUGGGGGAGUCUGCGGUAGGCAAAUCCAGCCUCGUCCUCCGCUUUGUCAAGGGACAAUUCCACGAGUACCAGGAGAGCACAAUUGGAGCGGCCUUCCUCACACAGACCGUCUGCUUGGACGACACGACAGUCAAGUUUGAGAUCUGGGACACGGCCGGCCAGGAGCGGUAUCACAGCCUGGCCCCCAUGUACUAUCGGGGGGCGCAGGCCGCCAUCGUGGUCUAUGACAUCACCAACACAGACACGUUUGCACGGGCCAAGAACUGGGUGAAGGAGUUACAGAGGCAGGCCAGCCCCAACAUCGUCAUCGCGCUUGCGGGUAACAAGGCAGACCUGGCCGUCAAGAGAGCCGUGGAGUUCCAGGAAGCACAAGCCUAUGCCGAUGACAACAGUUUGCUGUUCAUGGAGACAUCAGCAAAGACCGCGAUGAACGUGAACGAGAUUUUCAUGGCUAUAGCUAAGAAGCUCCCCAAGAACGAGCCCCAGAAUGCAAGUGGUGCUCCGGGCCGGAACCGAGGCGUGGACCUCCAGGAGAACAACCCAGCUAGCAGGAGCCAGUGCUGCGGCAACUGAGCCCCCCUUGCCUGCCCACUGCCCCCCCCCCCUCCGCCUGAACAACCCGACUGGAAUCCACUCUAACCAAUCGCACUUAACUACUUGGGCCACCACUGGGGGGAGGGGGGGCAGGGGGAGGGGUCCACCAUGAUUUCUCCAUCUAAUUUUGUUCAUAGGCCGGAGCGAGUUAUUCCACCUGCACCUUUCUGUACAAAUACUAAUGCAAUUUUAAGUCUUAAGUCACUUUUUUAAUAUAUAUGAUCAUCUCUUCCCACUUCCAGCCCUUUCUACUGCUCUCCCACUCUCCCUUUGCUGGGUAUAGCCACGUGCCCCUGCUGCCCCCACCCUUGUAUCUGGGGAGGCAGGGGUUGGGGCAGCACCCUCUUCUCUUCUUGCUGAUGAGCAGACCCAGCAAGAGCAUCCAUAUCCGUACCGUGUGUGAAGUGUGCUUGGUUCUGGGCCAUGGGGCAGGCCCUAGGGACUAGGGAAGGGAGAGACAGCUCUUCCCUUGGCUGCCUGGCUGGCUGGCACCAGGCUGCAGUCCCCCUCACCCCUAACUCUCAGCCGGGAGAGCGACCACAGCAUUAUUGUGACAGCCACGAAUCCACUGCCCAGUCCACCCCACGCCCCUCAUCCUUGGUCACCCUGACCUCUGGCUCUGAGCCCUGUUCUGACCAAAUCACGAUGAUGAGUAUUUGGGGGUGGGUGGGUGAGGGGGGGAGUGGGAGGGAAUGGAACCAACUUUUUC